CGCGGUGAGGGGGCGGGCGGAAGGCGCGGGGCGGCCGGGAGCAGCAGCAUGGCGGAGCCGGGCGCGGGCGGUGACGUGCCGCGGUACCGGGGUGCUCUGCACCCCGACACGUGGGAGCAGGAGCUGGAGGCCAUCCCUAUGUUCAUGAAGCAGUGCCCUGCCGAGAUCGACGCGGCGCGGCAGCCCGAGCUGGCCUGCCUGCAGUCCCUCCUCUUUGACGAGGAGCAGAGCCCCGAAGAACUGGCCAAGAUGUACAAAAACGAAGGGAACGAGUACUUCAGGGAGAAGGACUACAGGAAAGCUGUCAUCUCCUACACCGAGGGGCUGAAAAAGAAGUGUGAGGACCCAGAGCUGAACGCCGUGCUGCACACAAACCGGGGGGCCGCACAGUUUUACCUGGGGAACUACCGGUCUGCUCUCAAUGAUGCCAUCCAAGCAAAAAAGCUAAAGCCCACCCACCUCAAAGCAAUCAUGAGAGGAGCUCUCUGUCACAUGGAGCUAAAGAAUUUCUCUGAAGCAAUAGCAUGGUGUGAGGAAGGCUUGCAAAUAGAUUCAAAAGAGAAAAAGCUUGUGGAAGUGAGAGCUAAAGCUGACAAAUUAAAGCGAGCUGAGGAGCGGGAUGCCAGGAGAGCAAAGGUGAUGGAGAAGAAAGAGCAGUGUCAAAAGCAAGUGUUACUUGCAGCAAUAAAGGAAAGAAAUAUCAAACUGAUUCUUGAGCCUUCAAAUGAAGAAGAGGAAAUAUCAGAUGGCCUGGCUGAGGUAUCGUUAGAUGGGUUCCACUCUGACAAUGCCACAGGGGCAAAGGUGCACUUAGAUGCUGAUGGCAACCUGAACUGGCCUGUCCUCUUUCUGUAUCCUGAGCAUGAGCAGACAGACUUCAUUGCUGCUUUUCAUGAGAACUCCAGGUUUAUUGAUCAUUUAAUGGUGAUGUUUGCUGAGUUACCUCCGUGGGACUUAGAAAAAAAAUACCUUCCCAGCCACCUUGAGCUGUAUUUUGAAGAUGAGGAAAGGACAGAAAUGUAUGAGCUGAACCCAGAACACACAUUGCUACAAGUGCUGCAGCACCAAAGGUACUUUGUAAAAGCUGGGACUCCGGCUGUUUUGGUGUUUGUAAAGCAUUCUCCUUUCUCUAAGAAGUACUUCUCUGACAAGAAGGUGCACAGGUUAUAACAAGCAAGAAGGAGAGGAGCCCUGCUCAGGAGGCAGCUGUCUGUUACCCCAGCUACAGGCUGUAAACUUCUGCUUGAACAAAAAUCCUUUGCACAGUUCAGGGGAUAACGAGCUUCGACUCUCGGGGAAACUUGCAGGACAGCAGCACAGAAGAAGAAAUGCUUUACACAGGGGGAUUAUUUGUUUGAAAAGAAAUCCAGCUGGCUUGCAGAAGGUCUUCUGUAUGCUAAGGCUGCAGGUGGGUUUGAAACGAGCCUGAAGCUGUUGCCAAACACGGGCUACAGUUGAAGCAACAGCAGCUGGGAAUGUACUUACCUGUGAAAAGCCUUGGAUUUCCCUGGAAGUGGGCUGUAGCUGCUGGGGUUUAGCAGCAGCUGUGGGCUGGGCAGGCACCUGCUCCUUGCAGGGAUGGAUGCAGUCACAUUCCUGACAGGUUUUUCCACUGCUUCUCUCUGCUACUGGCCAGAGGUCAGCAGAGCUCUGUGGUGGGAGAGGUAUGUUUUACUGACCCUUUCCCUACCUUACUUGAUUGCCCUAUAGAACCAGGAAAUAAAUGCCUACUUUAAGGAGACUGAC